AUGACUGACGGUCCAGAGCCGACCGCAGUCUCUUGUGCGAAAGCUCUCGCGGCUUUUGUUGAAAAUGGAAAAGCUCUGCUGGACCUCGCUGAGAAGGAGAGCGGGGAAGUCUCUCGCCAGGAAUUCAUCAGGCAGAAAAUCCGCAUAGAGAACAGACAGUCGCUGCUGGGGCUGAUUGAAGCGGGUGCAGCGUUGUACAGCAGCCUGUCUGUGAAGAGGAAGAAGGAUGCAGAAGAUCUCUGGAGAAAAUACAAUCACUGUGCAGCUUUGAGGGAUGCUGUGCGAGACUUUGAGCAGCUAGAAGUGCAGUGGGAUGCCUUUCUGCAGCGUCAGGACGAUGAGUUACAACUGAGCGCUAAACUGCUGGACGGCGACCAUCAGGCCAAACGUAUUUCACCAGAUACGCCUCUCGUCGACGCCAGAACAGGACAAACAGUGACCCUGCAGAAAUAUCUUGGGAGGAGUAAAAAGACUUUGCUGGUGUUAAUCCGCCAGUUCUCGUGCCUGCUCUGCCGUCUGCAUAUUAAAGAUCUGGAGAAGAAUCAGAGAUCCCUGGAUGCAGCCUCGGUUCAAGUGGUGGUGGUUUCAUUUGGCUGUCAGGAAGGAGCUUCACACUGGCUGCAGGACACAGUCUGUCAGUACGACAUGCUGCUGGACCCUGACAGAAAGAUGUACGCUGACUUUGGUCUGGGAGCGUCUCUGAAAAAAGUGUUGAACUUCGGGAACAUGCUGCUCUACGCCGAAUAUGUAGCGGACAACAUGGAGUUUCCACGAGGGCUUCCAUCCAUCCAAGACGACAUGUUUCAGCUGGGAGGCGACUUUGUUUUGGACGAACAUGGGACAGUGCUGUUCUCUCACCGCUGCCAGAGUCCGAUAGACCGACCGUUGGUGGUGGACGUUUUAAACUCCUUAGCAGAGAUUAGUUAAAGGAAAAGAGGAACAGGUGAUGUCAGCUGAUGCCUGCUUUGUUAGGAUAAUAGUGACCGUUAAGCUGAUCUGUUAAAUGACGAAUACUGUGAGGGUCAUCUUUAAGUAAUUGCACACAAUUUAGUUUUGGAAGUCUUAAAGUAACAAAUCAGUACAUCUGAUGAAAUGUGGAGUUACUCCAGUCUGACUUUUGUAACAAAACUGAUUAAACCAACUUUGUUAUGUGACACUGAUUAAAAAGCACACAGCAUCUUCUAUAAGUAAGUACAUAGAGUAUAUAUUCAAAGUUAAAUGAAUGUUUCAUCCCAUGCCAUGUCCUUUGUUCUUUUCAGCUGGGUAAAUUAUUUCCCUUUAGAUUACAUUGUCAAUGCAACACUAGAGAUAACUGAACUUUAGCCACCUGUGAGGGCAUUUUUAUGCCCAAGACGCCUGGCAUGCAAAGGCAAUAUUGUACAUACAUGGAAUAUAAGUAGAAAAAAUAAGAAUGAAAUAAAAUCAAGCAAAAUAUUAAAUGAAGUGCA